CCAGAGCUCACGCUUUCAAUGCAUUUCUCAAUCGUUUGUUUAUUUUGUUUGAAAUGAUGUCUCAAAUGAAUGGUUUGUUGAGACGAAAGCUGAUUGGCCGACACAUGUUGCCCAAGAAGUGGAUCCAUAAGAAGACACGUAAUAAUAGUGUCUAUUACUGGAAUCAAAUGCUUGUUUUAACGAAUAUCAACCAAACAAUUGGUUCCCAUUUAGAGGGCAGUCAUAAAAGUCAAUCGAUCUUUAAGAACAAGAACUUAAUAUCGAUGACCGAAAAGGGUUUAUAUAUAAUCUUUAAGAACAAGAACUUAAUAUCGAUGACCGAAAAGGGUUUAUAUAUAGUAAUGCCAUUAGUAUUGAAAUCUAUGAACAAAUUGAUUGAUAUCAUCGACGAUGAGAUGCAUUCAAUUGGCGCACAAAAGAUAGCAAUGCCUUCACUCGUGUCUAAAGAACUUUGGGAUAAAUCAGUAAUGCCAUUAGUAUUGAAAUCUAUGAACAAAUUGAUUGAUAUCAUCGACGAUGAGAUGCAUUCAAUUGGCGCACAAAAGAUAGCAAUGCCUUCACUCGUGUCUAAAGAACUUUGGGAUAAAUCAGGUCGUUGGAGUGAUUCGGCCGAAGAGCUCUUCAGAUUGAAAGACAGACAAAAGACUGAGUUUUGUUUAGCGCCCACUCACGAAGAAGUUGUCACUCAUUUAAUAGCAACGGCCAAACACUUGACUGAAAUUCAUUUACCGAUAUAUUUAUAUCAAAUCACAUCUAAAUUCAGGGAUGAAAUGAAAGCCAAACACGGAUUGUUGAGAGGAAGAGAGUUCGUUAUGAAAGAUUUAUAUACAUUUGAUGCAAACGAAAGUCAAGCGAUUAAAACAUACGAAAAAGUUUGCAAUUCAUACGAAAAUAUUUUCAAACGAUUAGAUUUACCGGUUAUUAAAGCUCGUGCAUCUGUUGGAAGUAUUGGUGGAAAAUAUUCCGAUGAGUUUGUUUUGCCGUCUGAUUUAGGCGAAGAUGAGAUCUACAAAUGCAAUGCAUGUCAAACAGCGUUCAAUACAGAGCUGGUUCUCAAUCGAUCAGACGCUGAGUGCAUAUCAUGUAAAAGCAAUGAUUUAACAAAAAUGAAUGCCAUAGAAGUCGGACACGCAUUCCUCCUCGGGAACAGAUAUUCGGCCAAAUUUGACGCUAAAUACUCGUCAAAUGACACGAACGCGAAAAUCAUUUAUGAGAUGGGAUGCUAUGGUUUAGGUGUGAGCCGUAUAUUAGCCGCUUCUGUGGAAGUGUUGUCACAAAACCACACUAUAUGUUGGCCCAAAGCGUUGGCACCUUUUAAACUAUGUGUUGUUUUGCCUAAACGUGGCAGCAAAGAAGACACUGGAAAUGGUACUGUAUUUGGACUGCAAUUCGCUAAUUGUUUGUCAAAUGUGUUGAACGAAGAUAUUCUCAUUGAUGACAGAACUACUCAGACAAUCGGUAGACGUCUAACAGGUCUGCAAACGUUAGGCAUUCCCUAUACUAUAAUCGCCGGCAAACAAAUCACUGAUGAAAUGCCCAAAUUUGAAAUCAUUGAUAACCAAAGCAAACAAAACUAUUUUAUGACUCAAUUAGAAUGCAUUCAAUUCUUAGAGAAUUUAUUAUAACUUAUGAUACUUUGUAUUUAUAAUAAUCAAGUUUACC